AUGGCCGCAAUUCAGCCACAUCUUCAACACCCGCAACAGGAUUACCAGCUCCCUCCUCCGCACGGUGCUUAUCAACGUCCUCCCGAUGUGUAUGGUUAUCCUCAGCCAACCUCUCACCCCCCUGUGGUAUAUCCAGCUGCCGCCCCACGACAGCGGACUGCAAUAGCCUGUCGAUACUGCAGGAGACGGAAGAUCCGGUGCUCAGGAUUUGAGUCCUCCCAGGAUGGGAGAUGUAGCAACUGCGUCCGUUUUAAUCAGGAGUGCAUGUUUACGCCGGUUUCGUCUCAAGCACAGGCAUUUGUGCCUGCCCAGGCAGUUUACAACCACUUCCGCGGAACAGCACCGCGAGGUGGACAUCGAGUUGAUGCUAUACCCUUGUACGGUGCACAUGGUCAGCCCCUUCCUCCACCGCAAGUAUCACAUCACCCACCCGAUGGGCCUCUCCCACCUCCCCAAAGCUUAUACCCCCCCCAUGCAUACGCAAGACCGCCAGUCGACGACCGCCCUCCACCACAUCUACAGCACCCGCAUAUGCCACCUGAUCAUGUGAGUGGCAGACAUCCCCCCCCUUCCCUAUAA